CGGUUCUCUGCCGUGUAUAGUAGUGCAUGGCGUCGUCUACUUUUCAAAAUGUUCGUUCCAGCAGACCAAAGUGAAACACAUUGUUUCACACUACUUGAUGGACGGAAGUCUGUUGCAUAGAUGGGGUUCUCCUCGCUCCAAUGGUGGAUGCCAGCGAACUGUCUUGGCGAAUGUUUGCCCGCCGCUACAAUGUGCACUUGACAUACACACCUAUGAUUCACGCUGGAAUGUUUCUGAAGGACAAAACAUAUCGAAAAUCUUGUCUGCAAUUUUGUAACGAGGACCGUCCCCUCAUCGCCCAGUUUUGCGCAAACACGCCAGAGUUAUUCAUCAAGGCGGCCGAGGUCUUGGAACCCUUUUGUGAUGCUGUCGAUCUUAAUCUGGGCUGCCCCCAAGGCAUUGCCAAAAGAGGUCACUAUGGUGCUUUUUUGCAAGAUGAGUGGGAUCUGUUGAAGGAAAUGGUAAGCCAAGCGUCGAAACAGCUGAAGGUGCCUGUGACCUGCAAAAUUCGCAUUUUCUCCGACGUUGAACGUACGGUAGCAUAUGCGAAGAUGUUGCAGGACGCGGGUGCAUCUUUAUUAACUGUGCAUGGACGCACUCGCGAAAUGAAAGGACCACUGACUGGUUUGGCUGACUGGACUCAAAUAAAACGCAUUAAGGAAGAACUUCGUAUACCAAUCAUUGCGAACGGCAAUAUUGAAUAUUUUGAGGACGUCACGAGGUGUUUUCUGGAAACUAAAGCUGAUGCAGUCAUGAGUGCUGAAGGACAUCUUCACAAUCCGGCCAUCUUUGUGGGACUGCAGCCAUCCGUGUACACAAAGUGUUUAGAGUAUUUGGAAUAUGCCAAGAAAUAUCCCUCUGCGAUGUCUAUCGUUCGCGGACACGUGUUUAAACUGUGUCACCAUGCGCUAAAUGAACAUCCUAAUUUCCGGCACCAUAUAUGCGUGGCUCAGAGCGUGGAUGAGCUACGUGAUGGGCUGAAGGCUUUGGAAGACGCAUGCUCUUCCUGUUCGAAAAACCGAGACGCGUCAAUCCCA